CUGUCGCUCGGGGCGGGGCGCCGAGCUCCUUCCGGGGAUGGGCCCCGGCGCCCGAGUCGGCCCGACUCUGCUCCGGCUCCUCCCCGCUCGGGCGGGCGCUCCGCCGUGUCCCCGCCCGUCAGUCCGCCCGGCCCGGCUGGCCGCAGACGGGGCCUGGGCGGCCGCACGGAGAGCUCUGACUCCGCGGGCGUCGGGAGGCGUCAGCGCUGCCGCUAGCCCGUGGUGGGUCCCGGGUUGCGUCCCGGCCGGGGCGAAAAGGCGGCGGCACCAUGUUCUCCCUCAAGCCUCCCAGACCCACGUUCAGGUCCUACCUCUUGCCGCCGCCCCAGACUGACGAUAAGAUUGAUUCGGAACCGAAGAUUAAAAAAUUGGAGCCAGUCCUUUUACCAGGAGAAAUUGUUGUAAAUGAAGUCAAUUUUGUGAGAAAAUGCAUUGCAACGGACACAAGUCAGUACGAUUUGUGGGGGAAGCUGAUAUGCAGUAACUUCAAAAUUUCCUUUAUUACAGAUGACCCAAUGCCAUUACAGAAAUUCCAUUACAGAAACCUUCUUCUUGGUGAACAUGAUGUGCCUUUAACGUGUAUUGAGCAAAUAGUCACAGUAAAUGACCACAAGAGGAAGCAGAAAGUCCUGGGCCCCAACCAGAAACUGAAAUUUAAUCCAACAGAAUUAAUUAUUUACUGUAAAGAUUUUAGAAUUGUCAGAUUUCGCUUUGAUGAAUCAGGUCCUGAAAGUGCCAAAAAGGUAUGCCUUGCAAUAGCUCAUUAUUCCCAGCCAACAGACCUCCAGCUACUCUUUGCAUUUGAAUAUGUUGGGAAAAAAUACCACAAUUCAGCCAACAAAAUUAAUGGAAUACCCUCAGGAGGUGGCAGUGGAGCUGGUGGUGGCAGCAGCCAAAAAACUCCACUGUUUGAAACUUACUCAGAUUGGGACAGAGAAAUCAAGAGGACCAGCGCUUCUGGAUGGAGAGUUUGCUCUGUUAACGAGGGUUACAUGAUAUCCACUUGCCUUCCAGAAUACUUCGUAGUGCCAAGUUCUUUAGCAGACCAAGAUCUAAAGAUCUUUUCCCAUUCUUUUGUUGGAAGAAGGAUGCCACUCUGGUGCUGGAGCCACUCUAAUGGCAGUGCUCUUGUGCGCAUGGCCCUCAUAAAAGACAUGCUGCAACAGAGGAAGAUCGACCAGAGGAUUUGUAACGCAAUAACUAAAAGUCAUCCACAGAGAAGUGACGUUUACAAAUCAGAUUUGGAUAAGACCUUGCCCAAUAUCCAAGAAAUACAGGCGGCUUUUGUAAAACUUAAGCAACUAUGCGUUAAUGAGCCUUUUGAAGAAACUGAAGAGAAAUGGUUAUCUUCACUGGAAAAUACUCGGUGGUUAGAAUAUGUAAGGGCAUUCCUUAAACAAUCAGCAGAACUUGUAUACAUAUUAGAAAGCAAGCAUCUCUCUGUAGUCCUACAAGAGGAGGAAGGAAGAGACUUGAGCUGUAUUGUAGCCUCUCUUAUUCAAGUGAUGCUGGAUCCCUAUUUUAGGACAAUUACCGGAUUUCAGAGUCUGAUACAGAAGGAGUGGGUCAUGGCAGGAUAUCAGUUCCUAGACAGAUGCAACCACUUAAAGAGAUCGGAGAAAGAGUCUCCCUUAUUUUUGCUCUUCUUGGAUGCCACGUGGCAGCUGUUGGAACAGUACCCAGCAGCUUUCGAGUUCUCGGAGACCUACUUAGCAGUGCUGUAUGACAGCACCUGGAUCUCCCUGUUCGGCACGUUCCUGUUCAACUCUCCUCACCAGCGGGUGAAGCAAAGCACAGAAUUUGCUAUAAGCAAAAAUAUACAAUUGGGUGAUGAAAAAGGUUUAAAAUUCCCCUCAGUUUGGGACUGGUCUCUUCAGUUUUCAGCAAAGGAUCGAACCCUUUUCCAUAACCCCUCGUACAUUGGAAAGAGCUCGCCUUGUGUGCAAAACGGUGCUGUGAAAUCUUUCAAAAGGACAAAGAAAAGCUACAGCUCCACAUUGAGAGGGAUGCCGGUUUCAUUAAAGAAUGGGAUCCUCAGCGACCAGGAAUUACUUCCAAGGAGAAAUUCACUAAUAUUAAAAGCAAAGCCAGACCCUCCUCAGCAGACCGACAGCCAGGACAGUGGUGUGGAGCAGUAUUUUAGAGAAUUCUUUUCCAAACCAGUCGACCUGCACGGUGUUAUUCUGCCACAUCUCUCUGGAACACACAUAAAACUGUGGAAACUAUGCUACUUCCGCUGGGUUCCCGAGGCCCAGAUCAAUCUGGGCGGCUCCAUCACUGCCUUUCACAGGCUCUCCCUGCUGGCCGACGAGGUGGACAUGCUCAGCAGGACACUCCGGCAGCCCCGCGGCGGCCCCCUGGAGGCCUGCUACGCAGAGGUGGACCGGAGCAGGCUGUACUUCCGAGCCAGCGGCCCACACGACACCUCGGGAACACCAGAGUUUCUCUCCUCCUCAUUUCCCUUUUCUCCUGUAGGCAAUCUAUGCAGACGAAGCAUUUUAGGAACACCAUUAAGCAAAUUUUUAAGUGGGGCUAAAAUAUGGUUAUCUACUGAGACACUGGCAAACGAAGACUAAAAUGUACUAUUUUCUGAACACUUAGAGGGAAGCUAUAAACUAUUUUCCUCUGAAUUAAAAUUGCUCACCUAGGCAUUGGAAGCUCUAAUAAUUUUAUAUGUAAGAAAAACAGUUUGAAUUUGCACUAAUAUUUAAAAACAUGUUGGAUUAUGCUUCCUUCACAAUUUUUUAAAAGAUCGGCAUAAACUUUGUUUCUUAUAUUCUCUGUCAUCUUAGGUCUGGCUCAUUUUUAGGUGAUUUGCAGGCAAAUAUUCCCCCACUCUUACUACUGUGAUCAAACUAAUCAGGUUUUGUCUACGACUUGUAUUUUGUCUGCAUCCGUUUUUCCUAGCACCUCCUACAGGUUACCUGAUCCUUGGUCAGAUCAGCAACCCAAAGAAGCAGAUGUCAGGAAAGUUAACACGUUAGUAUUUAGUGUAUUUUCAAGAAGCAUCCGAUAAAUCCCUCAACAGGCAUUAGGUAUUCAUGUAUUUUUCUGUCACUUUCUAUUAUCUCUACUUGAACUCACCUGAGGGUUCAGUGUUCCCAGGCCAUAAUUUAUUUUAGAUCACUUUAUUUGGGACCUUAGAUCACUGUGUUGUAAAAUCAUGAGUUUGCUUUUAACUUCAUAGGACUAACUUUAAAGUGAUAUGCACUGUUAACUUUAAAAGCAUUUUGCUGUAGAUAAUAUAAUUAAACUUAGAAGUGCCUUUGACAUUAAUAUUAAGGUAUGAAUAACUGACUAAAAUUUCAGUUUUUAAAAUUAGGGUGUUAAAAUCCCACUGCCUAUUGGAAACAGCGUUUUCACACUUAGCUUCAUAUCAGUGGCCAAGAAUCUCCAAAGCCACAUUUCUGCCCCUCUGAAAGUCACUGAGGACCCCAUGGGCCUGUGGGGUACUCAGUGUUGGUGCUGUCCAGGAGCAGCGGGGGCAAGUGCUGUCUGCACAGAGACCCACCCUCACAAAAGAGAGGGCUUGCUCGGAGGCAUUUGGGGCUUUCCUGUCAAUAUUUCCAGUGUGUUGAACUAUUCUUAGCACUUUCCCUUGGAAAUAACUAAUAAUGAGGUCAUGAGUUAGGUCACCUGCGCAGAAGUCCCUCCUCCCUCAACAUUCUUAAUACUUAGGAAUAGAGAAUAGGAGAAAUAAAGACAUAACUUCUCUCAAAAUACUGCCAUUGUUAUAAGGAGCAGGGCAGCUGCCCUGCAUCCUGACUUUUGGCAGCAAUAUUCAGAGGAGACUGAGAAGCAAACUAAGGUAUAUCCUUGGUCUGCAACUCCCUUGUGUUCACAUUGCGUGACAGGAGCCUAGCCAAAGCCGUCCCCUUACACCCCUCAUUCCCACAUAAACCCCGUUCCCUGUUUAAAAGCUGGAUACUUUCCAAUUUGGCUGUUAUUGGAGUUUCUUAAACUGCUGUCUUAAGCUUUUAAAAUUUUUUAUAGUAAAGUAUCUAGUUAGCUUAUUUCCUUUUCUAAAAUAUUUUCAAACUGUGUUUUACCUUUAUGUGUAAUGCAUAACUGUUUCUAUUUGAAUUAUUUGCCUUUUAAAAAUUGUUUGAUAAUGUCUCCACGUUUAAAGAGAGAGAAGUUCCUAUACAGUGUCUUAGGAAAUUCAUCUUGUGGAUAAACCCAAUGUUUUUGCCAACUUAUUGCCUAGAAAAUGAGGGCUUUUUUCAGAUUGUUGCCAUUCAAGUUUCUCGUCCUUGAUUGGAAACCAGUCCCAAUCCCCUUAGAACACCACAGCACAUCCUCCCGUUGAAAGUGUGAUAAUAAUUCUCCCUUUCUCAUUAAGCUGCUUUUUUAUUAUUACAAAUUGUUCUAAAUUUGUUAAUGUUUUUGGGGGUUGAGCAUUCAUUUCUCUAUAAUUUUCUUCCCACACAUUUAUUUCAAUUCCUUUAGCAAUUUUUUUUUGUUAAUUUACAAAAAGAUUAGGUACUAUUAAUACUAUUUUAAAAUAGAAAAUGGGCAUAUUUUU